CCAUAUCAGGUCGUCUGAAAUUUAUCUGUGCGUCUCGCAAUUAGAAUUCAGAAGCAAACUGUAAUCAAUCUAAUCGGCAGCCAUGGGUGGCGGUAAGAGAAAACCCAGAAACAAAAACGACAACAGAAGCAAUACAAACGACAGUGGCAGUACCAAAAACAAAAACAGAAGUGGUAGAGGAGGUGGAAGAUCAUCCUCUAAUGGAAUUAGAAACUCUCUAUUUGUAGAAGGUGGUAUUUUGUCCGAUUGGAAUAACAAUAACAGCCCUUCUUCUCAAGGAAAGAAGUGUAAUGUUAAUUCGAUUUCUGGUUCGAAAUCAAAAUCAAAACCAAAAGCAGCAUCUGGUUCUAAAAGUGCACCUCGUAAAUCUUAUGGAUAUGCUUUUGGUUACAGAUAUCCUUCUCUUGAUCUUCAGGAUGGCUUGCAUAACGAGUUAUCUGUCGAGGGAAAUGCAAGAGAUAAUGAUUUGGAUGUAUCACAACCCGUUGUUUUAGUUGAUUCGAAGGAGACCCAGAUAGUUGCUUACUUUGAUGAAACGCCUUCUUUGAAUCCCCAUAACGCAGAGUUCACUUAUGAUUAUGAUUCAAGUUUUGUGCUUGGUGAUGACUUGCAUACAGGAUUGGGGUUCCAUGAGGAAUCUGAGACUGUCCCAGAUGCUAUCUGUGCAUCCAUUAAGCAAACAGAUGAAGAAAGGAGAGAUGGAAUUUGUUUUGAUUCUUCACUCUCUGAUGAAGGAAUGGAUGCUGAUGAUACUCUUAAAUAUGAGGCAGGUAAAAUAGUGGCCGAAGAAGUGCCAACUAAGGAGAAAUCUUCAAAGAAAAAUUCUGGAUUUGUGUCAAUUGGAGGCAUGAAAUUAUUCACUCAAGAUAUAUCAUCUGAUGAGGAAUGUGAUGAAGAGUCACAAGAUGACGAAGUUUAUGAAUCUUAUGAAUCAGGGGAAACAAAUGAACUAUCCGAAAGUGAUGUUUCUGAUAAUACAUUGGAUAGUGAUUCAGACAUUGAUGAAGAGGUUGCAGAAGAUUACUUAGAAGGCGUUGGUGGGAGCGACAACAUUUUAGAUGCCAAAUGGUUGGUAGAAAAUCACUUGGAUGAGUACCAUUUGGACGACUCAGAUGAUGAUAGUUCCUCUAGCGGUGGUUUUGAUGAUACUCUAAAGAAGUUGAGUGGCAUUGCACUCCAGGAUGCAUCUAAGGAAUACGGUAUGAAGAAGUCUCUUUCAAGAAAGAAAAAUAACAUAGGUUCCACAGAUGCAAGAAAGAAAUAUAACAUGGGUGCCACAGAUGGAAGAAAGAAAUAUAACGUAGGUGCUGCAGAUGCUUGGCCAUCAGCUUUGGAUGACCUUAUGCUUGUUAAGGACCCAAGAACUGUUUCUGCCAAAAAGAAGAAUGUUGGUCGCUUGCCUCAGUCCUGGCCUUCCGAGGCUCAAAAGAGCAAACGUUACAGAAGAUAUCCAGGUGAAAGGAAGAAACUUCGCAAAGAGAUGAUUGCUGUCAAACGUCGUGACAGAAUGCUGGGGAGGGGAGUGGAUCCCGAGAAAAUAAAUAUGAAACUGGAGCAGAUUGUCUUGGAUGAAGUGGACAUAUUUUCUUUUUAUCCUAUGGAUUCCCGCGAUUGUUCCCAGGUACAACGAUUAGCAGCAAUUUACCGUUUACGCAGUGAUCGCCAAGGUUCAGGCAAGAAAAGAUUUGUGACAGUUACGCGAACUCAGCACACGGGCAUGCCAUCAGCAAUUGAUAAACUGCGCCUAGAAAAGCUAAUAGGAGCUGAGAAUGAAGAUGUGGAUUUCACUGUUAAUGGAGGAACAAGAAUAAAUUCAGCAAGUGCAGACAAACAUGGGAUGAAGCAGAGUAGAAAGGGGGGUGGCUUUAACACACCAGAGACUCGAGCUCGGAAUAAGCCUGCAAAGUACUCGACGAGCGGUAACAGUGGGUCCAGGAAGCAGGGUGUUAAAAAGAUUUUUGAUGCUAAUCAGCCGGUGUCAUUUGUAUCAAGCGGCACACUGUCUGAAGCAGUUGAAAUGGCAACAACAGACUCUAAGGAGACUGAUACUUUGGAUAAUAAGGUUUCAAUCAGCGCAGUAACGGUUGGUGCAUUUGAGGUGCACACUAAGGGUUUUGGAUCCAAGAUGAUGGCGAAAAUGGGAUUCGUAGAAGGUGGUGGACUGGGCAGGGAUGGUCAAGGUAUGGCACGGGCCAUUGAAGUCACUCAGCGGCCAAAAUCCCUCGGAUUAGGAGCUGAUAUCCCUGAUACUAGCGAGUCCAUGGAAAAAAAGGCACAGAGCUCUGGAAGGCUUGAAAAGCAUGCGAAACUUCAAUCCUUAGGAUCUUUCGAAAAGCAUACCAAAGGUUUUGGCUCUAAGAUGAUGGCAAGGAUGGGUUUUGUUGAAGGCACAGGAUUGGGCAAAAACUCGCAAGGCAUUGUCAACCCUUUAGCUGCUGUUAGGCUCCCGAAAUCUCGAGGAUUGGGCUCCAAAAGUUAGAAUUUUUAUUUUAAAAUUAAUAUCUGGGACAAAAGAUUUAAAUAAAUAAGAUUGAACCUUUUCUGCAAUGUUGUCAUUUUAUUCAUGGGGAUGUAAUCUAAUUGUACCUGAAUCCUCGUCAAUGUUCAUUAAAUAUAUUUGUGAAUACGAAUAUACGAUGAUGAUGACGGAUCAAUUGUUUAUCUAGUCUGUCAAUGUCUAUAGAUUCUUGUUCUGGCUCUUCUCAAGUAGCUAUCUUAAGAUGCAAGAACUGCUUCCUUGUAAAUUGUUUGUUUUACGAAAGGUUUAAGCCAAUCAGAUCACAUGAACAUUGCUUUA